CCGUUGUUGCAGUUUUAACCAAUAGUUCUGUCACUUUACUUCCUCCAGCGAUUUUGGAACGUUUACUGUUGAAAAGUGAUAUCCCAAGUAUAAAUACAGUAAAGUAUACAUAUUAAAGGUUACAAAAAAGGAAAACAUUGGAUUAGUAACACGAGCCGACUGUUCAUCCCACUUUGGUAAUACGUGGCAAUGCCUGACGUCAUUAGAACGCGGCCAUCUUUCCACAGUUAGUGCGUUUGCUACUUCUCUUUUGGCUCAAUACAUUGGAAAGUGAUUGAUUUUCCACCCACUCGUUUCUCUGGAAUAUCAAGAUUUCAGACCGAAGGCCGGGAAGAUGAUGGAAGAAAGUGGAAUAGAGACCACCCCACCCGCCUCCCCUUUGCCUCCCCCUAGCAUGGCAGCCGCUGUCAACCCCCCUCCCCUGACUAUGUGCCUGUCCAGUCCCCUGUCCCUCCCCAGAACCACCGGCAUAUCCACCUUCGCCCAGGGCUUCUCAACCCCCGCCCCUCUCGCUGUCUCCAGCUCCAUCCCCCCUAUCCACUCCUCCGCGCCCCCUCCCUUCGGCAGCCCCAUACCCACCCUGUCCUACCCCCCUCCGCCCAUCGGGGGAGCACCUUACACCCCCAGCCCCAUGGCCUUCUCCUCCCCCUAUCCCACCGCACCCCCAAUGGGCGCUGUGGCCCUGCCUCCGACCGGUCCGGUGAUGACGGCGCCACCGAUGGGCCCGCCCACCACAGGCUUUACCAUGAGUGCGGGCUAUGACAUCACGCGGGGACACGCCGGACGCACACCGCAGACGCCGCUCAUGCCCAGUUUCUCCAGCGCCGCCCCGAUGACAGGGGUAGUAUCCAACCCAAUGGUGCAACAGCCAAUGAUGUCAGGGGGUCUAGAUGCCGGCUCCCCCAUCACCUUCCCUGAGGUCGAAAACGAGGACCCCCGCCUCGCCGUAGAUGCCAACGCGGGGGGCGGCAUUUGGGGUUUCUUCAAGGGCGUGGCAGGUAACCACAUGGUAAAGACGGUCCUGGAUAAGACCAAGCACUCAGUGGAAUCCAUGAUCACCACUCUGGACCCGGGCAUGGCUCCAUACAUCAAGUCGGGCGGGGACUUGGACAUCGUGGUGACAUCAGACAAAGAGGUGAAGGUGGGGGCAGUGAGAGAUGCCUUCCAAGAGGUGUUUGGCAUGGCCAUGGUGACCGGGGAGGCAGGCCAGUCCAACAUCGCCCCGCAGCCCGUUGGCUACGCAGCCGGAGUCAAGGGUGCCCAGGAGCGCAUCGACAGCCUGCGGCGGGCGGGCGUCAUCCACGAGAAGCAGCCCGUGGUCUCUGUGGAGAACUUCAUCGCCGAGCUUUUCCCCGACAAAUGGUUUGACAUUGGCUGUCUAAUCCUGGAGGAUCCUGGAGCUGGCAUUCACAUUGAGACCUUCACUCAAGCUACGCCACUGGCCUUGGAGCACGUCCAGCAGGCCCAGUCCCUGACCCCGCCGGACUACAACCUUCGCUGGUCGGGCCUACUGGUGACGGUGGGCGAGGUGCUGGAGCGCAAUGUACCCAAUGUGUUGCGUACGGACUGGCACCAGGCCUUCACGGGCAUGUCCCGCCGCCAGAUGAUCCAGAGCGCCGCCAAGGCCCUGGCGGGCAUGUACAAGCAGCAGCUUCCACCCAGGACAAUGUGAGGUGGCACCAUGUCUUUAAACUGACAACUAGGGGGAGGGAGAACCAGAGGAGGGAAGAGGGGGUUGGGCAGAAGCGGCAGCCGUUUCACCAAAUGGGAUUCCUACUCUGCUUCUAGCUGUCCGUCCUGAUUGGGCAAAAAGCCAAAUGCCAUUUUAUUUUUUUUUGUAGCAAUGUUUCAAAUCAAAUCAAAAUCAAAUCAAAUGUGUUUAUAUAGCCCUUCGUACAUCAGCUGAUAUCUCAAAGUGCUGUACAGAAACCCAGCCAAAAACCCCAAACAGCAAGCAAUGCAGGCGUAGAAGCACGGUGGCUAGGAAAAACUCCCUAGAAAAGGCCAAUGGGUUGAAACAUUCUGAUGUGCCAACUGGAUGGAGAGAAUGACGGAAGUGGAUUGUUCCUUCAAAAACAGGAAAUCAUCAUUUAUUUCUAAAUCAACUUUUUUCCCCCCAGCUAAGGCCCAGAAAUAAAUGCCUUUUUAGAGAUAGCGUAGCAAACUGGCUCAUUAAAGUAAUGAUUGAUUAUUUGAAUUGUCGAUUGUCCCUCUUUUAUUGAGAAAGUAUUAUUUGUGAUCCUUGAUGGUAAAUAUCUGAGAUCUAAUUAACUUAAUUUGUUGUUCAACAAAUUGUAUUCAAGUCAUGUAAAUAUGUAGAAUGCGGUGUUGUAUUACUUUUGGAUGAACACGCAGGCGUUUUGUAAAUGGGGAACGAUAGUGCUUUGUCUGUUUUUGGAGCAGGGAACUCAGUUUGCCAGGUCCGGAGUUCGUCACUGAAAAUUGGUUAUAUUUCCAUUAUAGGUCCAUUAUAAUUUCUACACAUUUUCGAUUUUGGUAUUGUGUAUUGAUUUUGUCAGUACAGCUUUUUUUUGCCAAUAUUUGGGCAAAUAUCCGAAUUGGGCUGCCUGUAUAAACACAGCCAUUUACUCAAACCACCUGUGGGCCAGAUUGGACUCCUAUAUGUUUGACGCCCUGUUUUUAGAGAGUAUAGCCAGUGCUAGUUGGUGAAGUAUGUCAACCACCAACCUUCCAUUUCUUUCUCCCUACCACUUGGGGGGGUGUAUUUUUUUCUGUAUGAAUUACCUGCAGGCUAAAUGCUAUCUUGAGAUCAUUGCAUGUAACUUAACAUUUAUCAUUGCAUUUAGCGUAUAUUUAUGCACAUCUCUCAUUGACGUCAACUUGGGAUUUACGUAAAAGUCAAUUUCACACUUAGCCUAUGUAACUCAAUGGAGGCUUUGGACUGAAUGAGCUGUAAUGUGUGCACCAAGAUAUCAGGGCCUUAAAAUCCAUUAGUUGUAAUGUUUUGUUGUUGUGUGUGUUAAUGUAACAAUUGUUGUCUGUACAUUAACGCUACAUAGGUUAUUACACGUACACAUACUUUACAUGUUAGUGAAGGCCAAUGAUUACAGGUACACAUACUUUACAUGUUAGUGAAGGCCAAUGAUUACAGGUACACAUACUUUACAUGUUAGUGAAGGCCAAUGAUUUUUAAAUGGAGAAGGGUGAAAUUACAUUCUUUGAUCUACGAAUUGGAAUGAUUCCUUGGAAGGUGUUUCCUGAUUGAAAAUGACUUGUCUAUGUGAUUUAUUGGAGCUCAGUUUAAGUCAAUUCUUUAGUUUGUCCAACAUUACCAUUCUGUUCUAUAAUGUGUGAAGGCAUCCCUUGCAAGAAAAACACUUUUAUUUAUUUUUUACUCGAGUGAUAACAGAAGAGUGCAACAAGAAAACACAAAGCUAUAUAUGACCUCUGGGGUUUUGUUUGGAAGGCAAUCCAUUUGUUAGUCGUUGUUGCUGCUGCCUGAGGCAGGAGUACAUUCUGUUGUCCAAAACAUGGACGUCCCAUGGUAGUGGGAUGCAACACCACUAGAUCAAGAGGUGAGUAAACAACUUUUGUCAGAUAGUUAUUCAACUAUACUAGAGAAAUACUAGGACUUUGUCUAAACUCUUUGCUUUUUAACUGGUUUUAUGUACAAAACAGUGGUUUUCUGUGUUGGGCUUUUCUUAACUCCUAAAUGUGCCUUCAUGGGGAGAGUAAAUAUCCAUUUUUUCAUA